AUGAGUCCGGUUCAGUCGAAAAGCAAGCUCCUCCUCCUCCCCCUGCUCCUGGUCGUGGUGACCUUGGGAGGGGGCCACUCCAGCCGGGCGCCGGCGGAGGUGGGCUCCCAGCCGCACAGCGUUUCCCUGCGCCGCAAUGGCGUCCACGUCUGCGGAGGAGCUUUGGUCGCCGAGAACUGGGUCAUCACCGCCGCCCACUGCGUCAGUCUGGCAGGAGGACAGCAAAGUUACCCGCCCCGCUCGUUCAACGUUCGAGCUGGCAGCAUUCAGCGCCUGGCUGGUGGUCAGCUGGUGCCCCUCACCCAGGUGAUCAUCCACCCGAACUACUCCGGCUCGGAUGCGGCGGGAGCCAACGACCUCGCCCUGCUGCAGCUGCAAUCUCCGGUGACCCUGAAUGCCAACACGAAACCCGUCGCCUUGGCCACCGAGCGACCGCCGGCGGGAUCACAGCUGAGCUUCUCCGGCUGGGGAUCCAGCCAGCUGGAGGGAUCCCUCAGCCACGGCCUCCAGGUGGCCAGCCGGCUGACCCUCAGCGAGGCCGACUGCCAGAAGGAGCUGUUCCUGGAGCAGGAGGACCUGCUCUGUCUCGCCCCGGAAGCCGAGGACUUGGCCGGCCUUUGCACUGGCGAUGCCGGAGCUCCGGCCAUUUACAGCGACCAACUGGUGGGCAUCGCCGCCUUCUUCGCCGGCGGCUGCAACUCCGGACAGCCCGAUGGCUACGUGGACGUCACCCAGCACCUGGACUGGAUCCACCAAUAUGUUGUCUGAAUGAAUGCGAUGCUGGAAACGGGAUGGUGGCAGUGGUGUUCGUGAAAGUGGGAAACGAUUUAUUGGAAAGAGAUUAAAAAAAAUGUAUAUUUGUGCUUUUUUUUUCAACUAUCAUUUUAUUGCUUGGAAAAUCUCAGUUGGAGAGCUCCUAUAAAAAUACAAUGGCUUUGCAGCUUUAGUGUUUUCAGUGAAAUUACCCCUCGGUGAUUCACAUCCUGUAAUCUUUGCCAUUACAGCACUUCACUUGGAGUACUUCCCCGAUAAAGAUAGUUUUGUUUUCCCUGAUAUUAGCUUGUUUCCGCCAAAAGAGUUUAAUAAUGCAGAAAAAGUAAACUUUGGUUGAUUGCAA